CCUUUCCUUUUUUAUCCUUUCUUUUUUAUUCCUCUCUCUCUCUCUCUCUCUCUCUCUCUCCGAUUGAUCACCGGUUUUUUAGCAACCAGCCGCGAUCGAAGAAGUCAGAGCCGCCGAUUCGCUGGCCGCCGAACAUCUGGAAAUCUCUCUGCUUCUUGGAUUUCCAACUUCCUCAGUGAGUUAUUGGUGGAUGAAAGUCAGUAUUUGGUUCUUCUGAGUAGAGCCACCUGUAUAGGAAACACAUCUUGGUGACCAAAUGAGCAGAACUGAUGUUAUUUGCAGUAGAAGGAGGAGGGUUCUUCUCAUCUUCAGCUGCUGGGUAUAGCAAGGGCCUAGCCGUUCUUCUCUUGGGUCAGAAGAAAGAAGAUAAACCCAUGAGAGUUUCGCCGUGGAAUCAGUACCGGUUGGUGGAUCAAGAAUCUGACACUGACCUCCAGCUGGCUUCCACAAAGAACCGACUUUCCCGCGGCUGCGCUUCCUUUGUCUGCUUUGGUCGCGCUUCCGCCGGGCUCGACACUCCAUCUCCUCUUAAAGUGGGCCCUGCCCAACAGCAGGAUAUCUUGCCUGGAUCUCUUGUUUCUGACGAAGGCAAGGAUCAUACUGCUGAUGCUGAUGAUGACCAUUUUGCAAGAAAGGUUGUUGUUAAAAGUAGCCUGAAGAAUCCAUCCAAAAGAAAUCCAGCUUCUGUUGAGAGUGCUAAUGAACGUGAAGCAUUGAGUGAACCAGGUAGUGAUAUUCCUGGUCAUGCGGAAACGAGGAAAGUGCAGUGGACAGAUGUUUGCGGGAGUGAGCUUGUUGAAAUCAGGGAAUUUGAGCCCAGUGAAAUGGACGGAUCAGAUGAUGAGUUCGACAAUGGGAAUGAAAGAAGUUGUGCAUGUGUGGUUAUGUAGUUUGGUUUUUACCUGACGAUCAUUUGGGCUUCUCCUCUCUCUAGAUGCAAACAUUUCUUCAGGUAACUUACUGCUAACAGAGCUUGUUUGGUUGAUACUUAUUUCCGGAAGAAGAAAACGGUUUUUGAGUCCAUGCAAAACACCACCAUAGCAAGGAGUAUUAUUUGUCACCAUGUCCGUCGGAAUGAACAUUCAUGUGUAUAUCAGGUUGCUGUGGGUUUCAAUUUUGUCCCUUUGGGUUUGGAGACAUCGUUUCGUUUGUUAUUCUUCCUCCUGUGUGACUGCACUGUUCAUUAUUUUGUCGUAAUUAAUGUAUUAUUUUUUGUCCUUCU